UUUCCGCCGCACGCGCGCACAGCAUUGUGGGAUUUGUAUCUUCUCGUGGGGGGGAAACAUGGCGGACGCCUUCGGAGACGAUUUGUUCAGCGUUUUUGACGAGGAACCGACGACUUCUAGUAAAAAAACCAGCUCUAAGACCGAGGCUCGGACCGGGAAAACAGUCGGCACACAAGACAGAGAAAAGACCGACUCGUCCUCGUCUGGGGUAAAGACGAAACGAGAGGCGGAGAACGAUGGCAGUGACGAGGUUUCCUUCGGUAAAAAGGCCAGGCUGGAGACGGUGUCAACGGAGGAGAUCAAUCUUGCAGACUUGAUGCCUAAAGUCAAAGUGGAGCAGGUUGAGACGGUGGAGGGCUGCACACAUGAGGUGGCGCUGCCUGCAGAUCAGGAAUACACACCACUGAAACCACGAGUAGGAAAAGCAGCCAAGGAAUACCCGUUCAUUCUUGACCCCUUUCAGCGCGAGGCCAUCCUGUGCAUCGAUAACAACCAGUCUGUCCUCGUCUCCGCUCACACCUCGGCUGGGAAAACCGUGUGUGCCGAGUACGCCAUUGCUCUGGCUCUGAGGGAGAAGCAGCGAGUGAUCUUCACCAGCCCCAUCAAAGCUCUGAGUAACCAGAAAUACAGAGAGAUGUACGAGGAGUUCCAGGACGUGGGACUGAUGACCGGAGAUGUGACCAUCAACCCCACUGCCUCCUGCCUCGUCAUGACCACCGAGAUUUUGAGGAGCAUGCUGUACCGGGGGUCAGAGGUCAUGCGUGAAGUGGCCUGGGUCGUAUUCGACGAGAUCCAUUACAUGAGGGACUCGGAGCGUGGUGUGGUGUGGGAGGAGACCAUCAUCCUUCUUCCUGAUAACGUACAUUACGUCUUUCUGUCAGCCACCAUCCCCAACGCCCGGCAGUUUGCUGAGUGGAUCUGUCACCUGCACACACAGCCCUGCCACGUGGUGUACACAGACUACCGACCCACUCCACUGCAGCACUACAUCUUUCCAGCAGGUGGCGACGGACUUCACCUGGUCGUGGACGAGAACGGUGAAUUCAGGGAGGAUAACUUCAACACAGCCAUGCAGGUUCUCCGGGAUGCUGGAGACUCUGGAGCGAGCGGGGGCGGAGGAAAAUGGGACCCUAAAGGACGAAGAGGAGGGACCAAGGGACCAUCCAACGUGUUCAAGAUAGUAAAGAUGAUCAUGGAGAGGAACUUCCAACCGGUCAUCAUCUUCAGCUUCAGUAAGAAGGAAUGUGAGGCGUACGCUCUCCAAGUGUCCAAACUCGACUUCAAUACAGAUGAUGAGAAGAAACUGGUGGAGGAGGUGUUCAGCAACGCCAUCGACUGUCUGUCAGAUGAGGAUAAAAAGCUGCCACAGGUGGAGCAUGUUCUGCCUCUACUGAAGAGAGGAAUCGGGAUCCAUCAUGGCGGACUGCUGCCCAUCCUGAAGGAGACCAUUGAGAUUCUCUUCUCUGAGGGACUACUCAAGGCCUUGUUUGCAACCGAGACCUUUGCUAUGGGGAUCAACAUGCCUGCUCGCACCGUGCUCUUCACCAGCGCUCGCAAGUUCGACGGCAAGGACUUCCGCUGGAUCAGCUCAGGAGAGUACAUCCAGAUGUCGGGCCGAGCCGGGAGGAGAGGGAUGGACGAGAGAGGAAUCGUCAUCUUUAUGGUGGACGAGAAGAUGAGUCCAGCUGUGGGGAAGCAGCUGUUAAAGGGUUCUGCUGACCCUCUGAACAGUGCCUUCCACCUGACCUAUAACAUGGUCCUGAACCUGCUGCGUGUGGAGGAGAUUAACCCCGAGUACAUGCUGGAGAAGUCCUUCUACCAGUUCCAGCACUACAGAGCCGUCCCUGGUGUAGUGGAGAAGAUGCAGAAGUUGGAGGAUAUGUACAACAGCAUCGAGAUCCCCAACGAGGACAGCGUGGUCACAUACUACAAGAUCCGCCAGCAGUUAGCCAAGCUGGCCAAAGAUAUAGAAGAAUUUGUGCAUAAACCCAAAUACUGCCUGCCCUUCCUACAGCCUGGCCGGCUAGUCAAGGUGAAAAAGGACGAGUCGGAUUUUGGCUGGGGCGUCGUCGUAAACUUUUCCAAGAAAUCAAACGUCAAGGCCCCUUCUGGUGAUCUGGAUCCUCUGUAUGUAGUGGAAGUUUUAUUACACUGCAGUAAGGAUAGUGUGAAAAAUGCAGCGACGGAGGCCGCCAAACCCGCAGCACAGGGAGAGAAAGGAGAGAUGCAGGUGGUGCCGGUCAUGCUGAAUCUCCUCACCGCCAUCAGCUCAGUGCGGCUCUACAUCCCUAAAGACCUGCGGCCCUACGACAACCGACAGAGCAUGCUUAAAUCUAUACAGGAGGUACAGAAACGUUUCCCUGAUGGUCUCCCUCUCUUAGACCCCAUCGACGACAUGGGUAUUAAAGACUCGGGGCUGAAGAAAGUCAUCCAGAAGGUGGAGGCCUUCGAGCACAGGAUGUACACACACCCCCUCCACACUGACCCAAACCUCGCGGCCGUCUACACGCUCUGUGAGAAGAAAGCAGUGGUUGCGGGUGAUAUCAAAUCGGCAAAGCGGGAGUUGAAGAAAGCUCGCACGGUGCUGCAGAUGGACGAGCUGAAGUGUCGGAAGCGUGUGCUGAGACGCCUCGGGUUCGCCACGUCCUCAGAUGUCAUCGAGGUGAAGGGCCGGGUCGCCUGCGAGAUCAGCAGUGCGGACGAGCUGCUCCUGACCGAGAUGGUGUUCAAUGGCCUCUUCAACGAUCUGACCGCCGAACAGGCAACGGCUUUACUGAGCUGCUUUGUCUUCCAGGAAAACGCUAAUGAGAUGCCUAAACUUACAGAGCAGUUAGCAGGCCCUCUCCGUCAGAUGCAGGAAUGCGCCAAGCGCAUCGCGAAAAUCUCCGCCGAAGCCAAGCUGGACAUGGACGAAGACGCCUACCUGAACCAGUUCCGUCCUCACCUCAUGGACGUGGUGUACACGUGGGCCAACGGCGCCUCCUUCUCACAAAUCUGCAAAAUGACGGACGUUUUCGAAGGCAGCAUUAUUCGCUGCAUGAGGCGCCUGGAGGAGCUUCUCAGGCAGAUGUGCCAAGCGGCCAAGGCCAUCGGGAACACGGAGCUGGAGAACAAGUUCGCUCUCGGCAUCACCAAGAUCAAGCGCGACAUCGUGUUUGCUGCCAGUCUUUACCUGUGAAUGAAUGAAGCCGCUGUGUUUCCCAUGCCCUUCCCUUCCUUUCAUUUUUCCAUAAAGACGAGGUGAAGACAGUGCGGACGGAACAUAUUUAUUAACGUUCAGGUUCACAACUGUAAAAACGUCUCCAUUCUUUUGUCUUCGAAUAGCAUAAUGUGGGGUUUUUUUUUUGUACAUAGUGUUUUAAUACAAUUUUAAUUAAAAAAAAAAAAGUGUAUAGUGAGUUAUUUUUCGUUAUUCUGGAGCAAAUCUGUUAGCAUCAUACACAGGAAAGCAGCAUCAGCAGCCCAAAGGCAU